AUGAACCAGAUGUCCAAUCAGGGUAUGAAUAUGUCAAAUAUGAACAUGAAUAACAACAUGAACCAAAUGGGCAAUCAAAAUAACAAUAUGAAUCAAAUGGGUAACCAGGGUUUCAAUAACAUGCGAUUCAAUAAUAACAAUAAUAAUAAUAUGCUAUAUAAUCAGUCUUUUGAUCCAAGAAUGAACCAACAGGUUAAUAGAACAUCACCACAACAAUCCAAUAGAAAUAUGGGUAAUCAAAACUACAUGUCAAAUAAUAAUAAUAAUAACAAUAAUAAUAUGGGAAAUAUGGGCAAUCAAAAUUAUAUCCCAAAUAACAAUAUGGGUAAUAAUAUGAGCAACAUGAACAACAUGGGUAAUAAUAUGAAUAAUAUGAAUAAUAUGCAAAAUAAUAAUAACAACAUGAACAAUAUGGGUAAUAUGCCAAAUAAUUAUAACGUACCUAAUAAUAACAACAACAUCAACAAUAAUAAUAACAUGAACAAUAUGGGUAUGAACAAUAUGGCCAUGAACAAUAAUAACAAUAUGAAUAGCAUGGGAAUGAAUAAUAUGCCAAACAAUAUGGGUAUGAGCAAUAUUCCAAAUAAUAAUAAUAAUAUGAACAAUAAUAUGAAUUUGGGUAACAUGCCAAAUAAUAACAACAACAUGAACAUGGGUAACAAUUUAAAUAAUAACAUGAACAUGGGUAAUAAUAUGAACCAAAACAAUUUCAACAACUUUAUGAAAGAUAUACCACGUGGAUCUGGAUCAUCUUGGGAUUAUGAUAAAGAAAAUAGAAAAUCUUCCGAUUCUCACAGUGGUUCCGAUAAGAAAUAUAUAGUUAGAAUUCCAUCGCACCAGUUCACACAAGAAAAUUACGACUACACAUCAUUAAAAAAUAUAUUCCCUCGUUUACAAAUUUCACCAGAUUUUACUAGAUUAGUAGCAUCCUGGGUCGAAACUACCGAUGGUGCAGAUCAAUCCGUUAAUAUUAAUCAAACUAUUCCAUUCUAUAUCGAUUAUAAAGAUUUUUGUAUUGAAAAGAUUGAUAUUAAUAAUACUUCAUUCAGUGGUGCCAAUAAAUUAAACAAGCCAGUAAUCUCAGGAAAUUGUAUCAAAUAUAAUGCUAAGGUUAUGCUUUACUCAUAUUAUUCAAAUUCAGAAGAUCCAUCAAUUUCUAAAAGACUUAAAUUUUUAGUUGCCAAAGAAGACAAGGAUAUUUCAUGUAUUGGUGGUUCAUGGAAUCCAGAGUUGGAUGGUGAGGAUAUAAACGACCCACAAACUUUAAUUAAUACCGCAAUUCGUACCACUAAAGAAUACACACAAAUCGAUUUAAGUUCAGUUAAAAAAUGGGUUAAGUUUAUGGAGGUUCAUUAUUAUAGACCACCAACCGACGAGUUUUCAUUUUAUCAAGAAAUCACAGUUGUUUAUAUACCAAAUAUUUCAGAGAUACCACCAUUAGACGUUGAAACUUUAAUGAAAAAUAAUUCAAAGGGUUUAGAAACAGAUAAGCAAGGUGAAGAACAGUCAACCAUUACACCAAAUACAAUAUUACCACAUAAUUCUAAAAAAUUUUAUACAGUAACAACUCCUUCAUCAGAUGGCAACAAAUUUAAAGCAAUGAUGUUAUCUUUGGAUGGUCUCUUGGAUUAUGAUGAAACAGAUGUCCAUGAAAGUACUUUUGAGGCAUCAUUAUUCUCAGAGUUAUUUUAUUUAAUGUUAGCAAGAGAUAUGGGUACCACUAUUCUUAAUACAAUUAUCAACUAUAGAACUCCAUCUAGUGAAGAGGAUACAUCAAGCAACACUACACAUAAAAGAAAGAGGGAUGAAACAGAUAGAUCAUCAGAAAGUAGAGAUCCAGCUGGUAAAACAGAGCAUCAAGGUGAAAAUCAUGAAGAAAAGAAAAUAAAAAUAGAUGGUAGUAAUGGUAACAUUCCAAAUGGUUUAGAGCAUGGCGAGGUUUCUGGUGGCGACCAAGGCGAAAACAAAGAUGCCUCAUCCCCAUCUAAAGAUGAGAGUAAUAGAAGUUCAGCCGAUUGUCAAAGAGAUGAUGCCAAAUCAUUAGAGGCUUUCCAAUUCUUUGAUAUCAAUAAAACUUUGUACCUUAAAGAAGAGGAUGUCGAAAAUAUUAUUCAUAAUCUUGGUCUUUAUCUUUCAAAAUAUUAUGUCCAAAAUGUUGUUCAAAAGGUUUCAACUGAAUAUAAUCCAAAACAAGGUAGAGUUUAUUAUGAAAAGAUUUUAAAGAAAUAUUUAUUAAUACAACAUCAACAACAUCAACACCAACAACAUCAUCAACAACAAAACCAACAUUCACAACAUUACCAUCACCAACAACAUCAUCAACAAAACCAACAAGACAAUCAAGAGCAACAUAAUCAAAAUAAUGCAGAUCAAUACGACCAAGAGCAAAAUAACCAAAUGGUUCAAGAUCAACAAGAUCAAUAUAACCAACAAGAACAUAAUCAACAAAAUGAACAUAACCCUGAUAAACAAGUUUUUGAAAAUACAGAACAGGAUAAUACAGAACAAAAUGAUCAAGUCGCUUCAGAAGAUGAACAACCAAUUGUAGUUGAUCUCGAAUCCCAAAAUUUUGAACAACCACAAGAAAAUAUAGCAAAUGAAUAG